GGGCGGGCUGGGACGCAUCGCCGGAGCCCAGGGCUCUCCCACCCUGAGGCAGCAGCGCCAGGGCGCGAUCGCAGCCCGUCGGGUUAGGCCCGUCGCCCUGGGAGCGGGGCCUCUCCCUUGCCUGCCUCGCCGGGCGCCCUCCCUCGGGCCCAGGCCGCACCACGCUUUCGCUGGGGGUCUCUAGCGGGGGCGCAGGACGUGCUGUCCAUGGGCUCUAGGCCCUGUGCUUCAACCUCCUUAUACCCCUGCUGGGGGGGAGGGACCUCGGGCCGGGGGAGCUGCACUACGCCCUUCCCCGAUCCAGUUCCCAGCUCCCCUUCCUCAACCCCGCUCUGCUCAUUGCCCAGGCCAGCUUGGGGCUUGCUGCGCCUUUGGACAGAGGUUCUGCCUGGUUUCCACUUCACGAUAAAGAAAGACUUGAGAAAUGGUUGCGGAAUAUGAAACGUGACACAUGGACUCCCAGUAAGCACCAGCUCCUGUGCAGUGACCAUUUUACCCCUGACUCCCUUGAUGUGCGAUGGGGAAUUCGAUAUUUGAAACAUACUGCAAUACCAACUAUUUUCUCUUUGCCUGAUAAUCAGGAAAAAGACCCUUCUCAGCACAAGCCACAAGAGAUAAAAACAGAGGAUGGGGAGGAAAUCAGUGUGUGUGUAGAGUCAGAUAAUGUAUCUGCAUCGUUUGAGCCUUGUUCACCAAAGAAAAGUGUCACAAUUGCAGAAAGGCUAGAUGAAAAAACUGAAGCAAUUUGCUUAUCAACCCUGAGCAAACCUUCACAAAAGAAAGUGCCGUUUCAGAACACAGAAAACUUGCAAGCAGGCACCAUAAUUCUUAGUUCAUCUGAGCAGCAUAUUCAACAAACACCUGUUUUAAUGGCAGAAGCUGUCCAGAACAUAGAUGCAAGUAAUGUUCAUACGUCGGUAGAGAAUCUUUUAAGUUGUACAGCCACAGUUUUGCAAGUUACAGACCCUGAAUACCUGGAUUCAUCUUUGAAAUUUAAAAAUGCAGGUGGACCAAUUAUUGACCAUCUAGCUGAGAAUCCUAACUCACAUAUUGCAGUCUGCUCUGUGGAAGUACAGCCGAGUGAAAACACAGUUUUUUUCAGUACAAUCACGCGAACUAUCGAACAGUUUAAUGGAAAUGAGGAAUCUGUCAUUGCUAUCAUUGUACCUGCUGAGUGUUCUAAAGAGCCUUCGAUGGUAAGUAGUUCUUUCAUGCCUAUUAAACAGGAGUUCAUAGACAUGGAAGAAAUAGAAAUUCAAAAAUCUGCAUAUAUAAACAAUUAUGGUGAAACUGAAGUAUUACAAACUGAGCAUUCAUAUUGCAGACAAGACCUAGACAGGGAUCAUCUCUGCCAAAAAAUUGCAAAGCUGCAUUCUAAGAUAACACUCCUUGAAAAACAGGAAAGAAAAACUUUAGGUAGGCUCAAAUCCCUGGAAGCUCUUAUUGGACAACUAAAACAGGAAAACCUGCUUUCUGAAGAAAAGCUCAAGAUUGUAGAAAAUUGUUUCACAACAUUUGAAGUGACUAUGAUACAAUAAAAUCUUUAAAAUGAGUGUUCUAACAUGACUUGUUUUCAAUCUCUUUGAUUAUCCUUCUAUAUAAAUGAUGUAUCUUUUUCCAUGAUACCAUAUUAAUGAUAACACAAAAAUGCUAUAUAACAGGUGGUGUUGAAAAAAGUUAUGUCCUCCAUUCUACCAAAGUCCAGUGAUAGACUAUUGCCCACAAACAUGAAUCGUAAAUGAGCAGAAUAAAAGGAAGGUCUAAAAUAAAAUGUAAAGUCGUGGAAUAAAAAUGGGAGGAACUUCCUCAGA